AUGGAACCUAAGCGAAAGAGUGGGUCACUUGCCAAGCAUGACCUGCCGCAAUUCUAUCUUUUAAUUAUGUUAUAUUUGGCUCAAGGUAUACCUGUGGGUUUAGCCUUCGGUACGGUACCGUUUCUACUCAAAUCCUUGGCGAAGGAGACCUCGUUUACAUCAUUGGGAAUUUUCUCUAUGGCUACCUAUCCGUAUUCUUUGAAGAUUAUAUGGUCACCGAUAGUAGAUUCACUGUACAACAAGCGCAUCGGUAGAAGAAGAUCGUGGAUCAUUCCAGUACAAUUUGUUAGUGGAUUUGUGUUAUGGGUUUUAGGGUGGUGCAUAUCUCAGGGCAUAAUCUUCGACGGUGUUGAUGAUGCGUUCCAUAAUCGUGGUAAUGGUACUCUACACAGUGUCAGUAUAAAUAAUUUGACGUGGUGGUUUGGCCUGUUGGUUUUUCUGUGUGCCACUCAAGACAUUGCAGUUGAUGGUUGGGCGUUGACAAUUUUGUCCAAAGAAUCUCUAUCCUAUGCCUCCACCGCACAAACCGUAGGUUUGAAUAUCGGUUAUUUUAUGUCAUUCACCAUUUUUCUGUCAUUGAAUUCGUCUGAUUUUGCUAACAAGUAUUUCAGAAAAAUUCCACUAGAUCACGGGUUCAUCAGCCUUGGUGGAUACAUGAAAUUCUCGGGCAUACUUUACGUUGUAAUAACCAUAUACAUCAUAUUUUGCACCAAGGAGGAACCCUACGUGGAGUAUUUGCCCAAAGUGGAGCCAGCAAAUUCAAGUAACGGAGAGCCAAAACUCAUAAGUAUUGAGUAUGACGAUGGCGAUGUGGUGUCAGCUCAGAAUACAAGUAGCAUAAAGUACAUUUACCGCUGCUUUAUAAAAGUGUUAAAAUUGAAGUCAGUGAGAAGUCUUGCCUUCAUUCACAUGAUUUCCAAAUUCGCCUUCCAAUGUAACGAAGCAGCUACAAAUCUGAAACUAUUGGAGCAGGGCUUCAAGAGAGAAGACUUGGCUGUCACAGUUCUUAUAGACCUGCCGUUCGAAAUCAUAUUCGGAUAUUAUGUUGUCAAAUGGAGCUCUGACAGGGAUCCCAUGAUUCGUGACAGUAGAAGAUUAAGAAACAGCAUGAGCACUAAUAAAGUCGUCAAGUACCUAGUUGGGGAUGCUGGCGUUUUAACACCAUGGCUGUGGGGCUUUUUGGGCCGUCUUGCAGCUGCAGUCUUGGGGAGUUACGUAGUGAAGCAAUUCCCCAAGGAGGGUGAAAUAUCCACCAGCUAUUUUUGCCUUGUGAUAUUCCAGCACCUGUUGGGCUCGUUCAUGAAUACUGUCCAGUUCAUUGGAAUUUCGGCCUUCCAUACAAGAGUUGCAGAUCCCGUGCUGGGCGGUACAUACAUGACGUUGUUAAACACCUUGAGCAACUUCGGCGGGACAUGGCCGCGGUUGAUCAUUAUGUCUCUGAUCAACUACUUCACCGUGUAUCAGUGCACUGUCCCCGACACGAACAAAGUAUAUGUGACUCACGGUGGCAGCAUGCAAGCAUGCACUGAACUCUUGAAUGGCACCGUGACCAUCCUGCGUGACGGCUAUUACAUCACCAAUCUUAUAUGUAUUGCCGUCGGACUUUUUUUAUAUUUCGGGUAUUUGAAAAGGAAAAUCCUUCAUUUACAAAGUCUGCCGAUCAGUUCCUGGAGAUGUACAUAA